AUGUCCGGCAAGGUCGUAGACAAGGCUUUGACUCUCUUAAGGAAAUUCCCCAGAGUAUCUCUAGGGAAUCUUAAAGAUAUGCCUGGAUCUAAACCUCAUAAGGUGAACCGCAGACGUGAUGCUAAAAGAGGUAACACUCAUGGGCGAGGUAUGAAGGGUCAAGGAGCCAGAGACACUUUACCUAGGAUAGGAUUUGAGGGCAACAACACGCCCUUUCAUUUACUCAUCCCAAAGGAGCCAUAUUACCACAGGCAUCAUGUACGAAAGGAGUAUGUUCCAUUAACCCUGCUACAGCUUCAGCGAAUGAUUGACCUAAACCGUGUGGACAGCAAUGAGCCAAUAGACCUGUCAUCACUUUGUAACACUGGACUUUUCAGGGUCGAACCAAUUCAGAAGCAGUAUGGUGUCCAUCUAACAGAAGAGGGAGCUGACAUGUUUGCAGCACAGAUCAAUAUUGAAGUGCAGUGGGCCGAUGAGCUUACCAUUGCAGCCAUCGAGAGAAAUGGAGGAACAAUCACAACUCGCUUUUUUGACAUACCAUCUCUAAUGGCUGCAGUAUCCCCAAAGAAUUUCUUUAUGAAAGGAAUACCCAUUCCCAGAUGUAAGGUUCCACCAACUGACGUUUUCAAAUAUUACACUGAUGCAAAAAAUCGGGGAUAUUUAGCAAACCCUGAAAAUAUUAAAAAGGCUCGGAUGGAACUUUCUCAGAAGUAUGGAUACGAAUUGCCUGAUAUAAAAAAUGAUGAGAAAUUUGAAAUGUUGUCUACAAGGAAAGAUCCACGUCAGAUAUUUUAUGGGCUUGAACCAGGAUGGAUAGUGAAUCUUCAUGAUGAGACUGUGUUAAAACCUCAAGGAGAGGAACAUGUAAAGUAUUACAAAUCCUAAGGAGGAAUUUGUAUUGUUAUUUGGGAGAAAGUGCUGUAUAUGUUUUCAGUGAUUUUUUAAAGAAAGACAUUGCAUAUUAAAGAAAAUUAAUAUU